GUGCAGGGGUGGUUGGGGGAGUAGUCGGGGGCGCGGGGGCUGUUGGCGGCGCAGGGACAGUCGGGGGCGCAGGCGUGCCAGUGCCAGAGAGAGUCAGCUUGAUAUCAUCAAACAUCAAAUCCCUAUGCUGGCCGGCGGGGACGGAGCCCGAGCAGACGACCCUGACGACCAUUCUGACGCGGGCCGCAGUAGCGGUCCAAGUACCACGGGUCUCCAACCAGGUGGUCUCUAUGGUACUGGCGCUCUGCGCAACCUGCUGUCCGCCAAUGGUGAAAGUGGCGAUACACCCGCUGAUGAAAUUCGGGCGACGGGUGAACGCGGACAGAUCGUAUUUGGAGCCGGGGCAGACUUGCAUGGUCUGCCCGAACGUGUAGAAAGAUGUACCGGGGGCAGCGCGGGGGAUGCGGACGCGGAAGUGCGAGGUGCCGCUGUGGGACGGGUUCGUCGAUGAGGUGUCGAGGACAUUACCGCCGGCUCCACCGUUGAAGUUGAUCUCCUCCCAGGGGUCGCUGUCGUCCUGGAUCUCGAAUCCGCCGUUGCCGGCGGGGGAGGUGCGCGUGCAGGUGGUGGGGACAACUGGUCCUGGGGUGCAGACGCCAGCACUGUUGACCGUUUGUGUGAGGCGGUCCGUGACGGUGACGGUGGUCGCGUCGGGGGUCAAAGUCGUUGUCUCCUUGACAGUGACAGCCGCCGGAGUCGAAGUCAAAGUCUCGGUCUCGCGGACAGUAAUCGGCGCCAGAGUAGAAGUAGAAGUCUCGGUCUCGAUGACAGUGACCGGCACCGGGGUGAAAGUCUGGACGGUGGUCACCGUCUCCGUAAGGCGAUCAAGAGUGAUACUCUCAGUUGUGGUACUGGUACGGGUGGCCGGGCUGGGUCGGAUCGUGAUGAUCCUCGUCGAAGGGACGACGGUCCUAGUACUGGUUACAGUUCUGGUUCUGAAGACCCUCCUGGUCGUAACAACCCAUCUAGUCGAGACUGGACACCAACCGUUCCUUUGGGGAGCGGCAGCCGCGUCAGCAACAGCGGCAGCCGCAAGGGCCAGGGAAGCGAGCACGGUGAACUUCAUGGCGAAAUAGCGGAUGGAAAAAAGCGAAUGUGUGACGGAAAUUCCGAAUGAAGAAACAAAAAAGAGUGACAGAUGGUGACCGGAAUGAGUGACGGUGACCAAAAAUGAAUGACGACGGACAGUGGUGCUAGAUGAGAGCAUUCACUGGGAGGGACGAAGGAUAGGUUUUAUGUAUGGGCCAUGGCACUGGCCGUGCGAUUUUGUGGCUUGAAUAAGGGGUGAGACAUCAGAAGUUCCUGCGCACUUUUGACGUAUCGUAUGGCGAAUCGGUGGUGCUGCUGGCGUUUUCUUUGGUUCGCUAGCGAGAUGGCGGCUGGGCUACUUGGCGAGCUAGCGGCCUUUGGGAGGGGCAGUCAUUGACCAGUGCUAAGACGACUGCACUGACGAACUCGAGCAUGCAGGUACACACAACUCAGGCACGGUCAGCGGAAUUGGCAUAGGGGAGGGGG